AUGGCCGGUCGAAAACGAAAGGCGGAUGAUGAACAUGAAGAACUCCAAAAGGCAUUACGGACGUUUGAAGAUGAAUUCGGAAAUAUUGGUAGCACCAUAGAUCGUGGUCCGAAAGCUUUCAUUCGCUCAGAAGUAGUCAACGCUAACAAAACUGUAAGCAGUGCAAAACAACUCUACAAACCGGAGCCUAUCGUACCAAUCCAGCGCUCACUACCCGUGAGUGGAAGUUCUUUCGAGGAGUCGAAGCGAUUGGCAGCCGAGAAGGCACGUCGCAUGCUCGAAGAAGCACAUAAAGGUAAAGGUCCGCCACCUCAAGUCAUACCAUCCAGUGCAAGCCGACCGAUUUCGCGACCUCCACGACCUGGCGCGGCUCGAGCUGUUCAAAAGAGCAAGACCAGCAAUUUGGAAGCAUUCAAGGAAGAGCUAAAAAAGGUCCAACAAGAAAGAGAUCAACGGAAGGGGUUGAGGGAUCAUNUGAGGGCGGAUUCUCAAUUAAGGAUAAACAGGAUUGCUCCUCCGCUCGAUAAACCCUACAUGGGAAGUGGAGAAUACGACGAUGACCCGUACACAACAAAUUUGUACAUCAGCAAUCUUCCUUUAGACGUAUGUUGUGAAGAUUUGUUCGAUUCCUUUGGGUCUUUUGGGCCCUUGGCAUCGGCAAAAAUUCUUUUCCCUCGUACAGAGGAAGAAAAGAGACGUGAUCAUCUUUGCGGUUUUUGCGCAUUUAUGUCAAGAGAGGAUGUGGACCGCGCACUUGCUCAAAUGAUGGGAUUCUUUAUUCGAGGAGAGCCCAUCAGAAUGUCUUUUGCUAAACCUAUUGUAAUACCUUCUCAGCCAUUUUACGUACCUCCUCCCCUGCUAGAGUUGAGUGCUCCGGAUCCAUGCACUGAACUGCCAUUUAAUGCGAAACCUCUGCUGCGAGAUGUGAGUAACAACACUUUGUUUUCAUUGCUUUUGAAGCCGUUAGAUAUCUACAAUUUUGAAUUUAAUCUGCUACAGAUGAUCAAGAACGCGACAGUUCGUGUAAUAUUUUGUCACAAAUUUCUAGGACCGAAAUGUAAUUAUUGCGAAGUGCUGAAAGGCAUCAAUGACGUUUUUACUGUUAUACUUUGCUUAGUCUUUAGAUUCCUUUUCGAGCUGAACCAUCCCACGCAUGUGUAUUAUCGCUGGAGGCUGUACUCAAUUUCCCAGGGAGACACAUUUUUGGAAUGGUAUGCUUAUAUGCCAUUUUUACAUGAUUGUGAUGUUACAUUAAUGUUUGAAGGUGGAUCCUGGUGGCUGCCACCGAUUCCACAAACGGAGUUGUUUAGUUGCAUGCCCCGCUCUCUCUACAGCUAUGCAUGUACGAUCACUGACCCGAAUCGUUGGCUCCCCAAGCUGGAUGCUCCUAAAGCCAGUAAUCGAUCUCAGGACACAAGGGAUAGGCGAGAGAGAUCAAGACGCAGUCCUAGGCAGGACUAUUCUAAGAAGCCGAAGGCUCGGCUUCGGAAAAGCCAAAGGAAGAAACUUGAGCAAAUAUUACGAGAACUCACCCCGGAAUGUGAUAGUAUUGGUGAGGCAAUGGUGUGGUGUGCGGAUCACGCCACAUGCGCUCGAGAAAUAUGUGAAUGUAUUUACGAGUCCCUAACCAUUGAUGAAACUCCAUUGCACAAAAAGAUAGCUAGGUUAGUAAUAGUAGGCUUCUCGGGGAGUGAGGGAUGUCUUCUAUUUCCGAUUUUUGCUGCCUUGGGACGCACCUUGCGUAGUGUGACUGCCCGACUUAAAGCGGAGCAAUUCAAGCAACGCGUCAUGUCCUGCUUCCGAGCUUGGGAGGAAUCAGUGCUCUACCCAACAGAUGUCCUAGUAAAUAGCCAGAAUAUCUUCCUCGGCCUGAUGGUAAGUAAUUGA